AUGCAGCACCAGAACACCGUGCAGGAGGACCCUGACCACGCCUGGAAGCCAAACAACCGCCCGCAGUCCACCGUUGCCCGCAACUUCAUGAACGAGCUCGACUCCCUGUUCAACCUCGACAGCAGUCUCGACACCCUGGACAAGACGGUCCACGACAAGAAGCAAGCCGUCAGCACACAAGCACAAGAGCUCGAGGCUUUGCACAAGAGAUUGCGAGAGGCCGAAGAGCGACUGAACAAGGCAGCCGCCACCUCCCCGCCACGACAAGACGCCCCCUAUCGAGCUCCCACGCACUCCCUCUUUCCCAACAAGGACACUGCGCCCGCCAGCAGCUCGCUCGCAGCAAGGCACCCACAGACAAUGGACAUUCCAGAACGGCCACACUCUGCACACUCCCGCGCCAGCGUCAAGGUCUAG